ACAAGCUAGUGUCAAGUCAUGUGUCAAGUAGCAGCUUUGCUUGCUUGCUUGAAGCUUUUUCACAGCUUUUUAAUACGAUUAUACUUUCAUUGCGUAUCCAUUUCGUUUUAAAUGCAAAUAUUGUAUUUUCCUAAGGAAAAUAAAGUUGAAGGAUUUUACUGUGAAUGCUAUACGACCCCAAAUAUAGGAAACUAUAUAUUUUAGCCUUUAUUAAUAUUUCUUACGUCUACGAAAUCAUGGGGAUGUCUCGGUGUUAUUCGUUAAUGAAAUGCCUACUUAUCCUUUUUAACAUAAUAUUUUUGUGUGUGGGAGGGGGUGCAUGUGCCUUUGCGGCCUGGGCGCUGUGGGACGGGCGUGCCAGCGAGAAUGCGGAGGGCCGGGCCGGGCUGUGCGCACUGCUGGCGUGGGGCGCAGUAUUGCUGCUAGGGGCGCUGGCCGCCCUGGCCGGCUGCGCCCGGGGCUCCGCGUCUUUGCUCGCCGCCGCAUUCGCGUUGCUAGCGCUCAGUGCGGUCGCCGAGGCAGCUGCCGCGUGGUGGGGCGCCGCACACCUGCCGCAGCUUCGACAUGCUCUGCUGCAACGGCUUGAUCAUACUGUGCGAGUAGAUUAUGGAGUGCUGCCUGCGAGGACUAGUGUGAUUGAUUCUAUUCAGCAAGGAUUGGAGUGCUGUGGUGCCGAGGGUCCCCGCGACUGGCAGGAUUCGGCGUGGUCUCGGGCGCAGGCGGAGCCCGAGGAGGGUGCACCUGCGGCGGAGGCCCGCUCCGAUACGCUUGAUCUUUCAGUGUCCGCCCCCACUGCCUACUACUGGGUGCCUGCUUCCUGCUGCAAUGUUGAGCUGAGUGCAGAAGAGUGUGAAGCCUCGCGGCGGGUGCCCGCGGCGUCGGGCGGCGGCGCGGGGCUGCGGUCGGCGGGCUGCGGGCGCGGCGUGGUGGCGGCGCUGGCGCGCGCGGCGCGGCUGCCGCUGGCCGCCGCGGCCGCGCUGCUGGCGGCGCACGCGCUGGCGCUGCUGCUGGCGCUCGCGCUGUGUCUGCGCGCGCACCCCGACCAUCGCUACAAAGCUUAAAGUGAGAAGCACAACUUUUGUUUUUUGCCCCUUUGGCCAGUGGUUACUUCGAACGAUUAAAAUAGCAAAAAAUCACUUUCCCCAAAGUGGAAUGUAAAUUAAAAGUUAUCAAAUCAAUACAUUAGGCUAUAUUGUGGAUUUUACGUUAAGCUCGUACUCGAACAUACCGAGAUUUGUUUACGAAAUUACAUCAAAUGUACAGAUUAUGUACAGAUUUAAAGGAAAUAUUUCAUAAAUUGAUUCAAAGCAAUCAUUCAAUAAAUUAUGAUGUUCUGAAGACAAGCUAUUUCAAUACUGCCAAUACAGAGGUAUCUUCUCAGUCCAUGUUUCAAUGUUGAUCCACUGGCGAAAGGGCCUAAUCAAAUGUAAAAUAACAUCAAGAAAUCAAAAUACGACGAAGACCUUGAUAAAAAGCAUAUAUUUAUUUACACUAACAUGCAUAAUUCAUACACUGAACCAUGGUAAUUGAAUUUUACAAUAAAAAUAUCAGGUGUCUUAUUUUCUGGUAAGAUAAAUAACAACGGGUGCAAUAGGCCCCUAAUUCUUAGGUCUCUAUUGCUGGUUAAAACAUUUUAUAAAUAGCUACUCAUUGUCAGAGGCUAUAAGUUUACCACCCUGUAUAAACUGUUUACAUUUUGUAUACAUUUAUAUAAAACGAAUAUGUGUUUUGAUGACUGAUUUACUAACAUUCCCAGUGACAGAAAUCUCAAACUUCUUUAUUUUAACUUCUUUAUUUGAAGACUGAAUUCGAAAGCUUAAUUUGUUUAAAUAAUUUGACUCUGAAUACUCAUUUUAUUGUGUCUUUAGUUAAGUCCAAAGUGAAGAUAUAACCUGAUGAUUUCAUUAGAGUACAUAUCUAAUCUAUACUUAUCCGUGUUGAUUGUUAUUGUGCACAUGACAUUAUAUUGUAAACUAGAAGUUUAUGUGGUACAGAUGUGGUUCUGGUAUAAAAAAGUAUUAUUUAUAGUAAAUUCUGAUUAAAAUUUGGAAUGAAUAUGCGCCAUCGGAGCCUGCAAACUGAGUGGUCUGUCAAACAUUAAGCAGCUCAUUUGUCUGUUGUCGUUUUUAGGCAUUCAAGUAAAAGUACACAAUCUUGAUACGUCUUUUUAUUGAAAUAUACAAUUUAAAAAUCAUUAUGUUUGCACUUAUUAAUUAAUUACACUGGUAAUUAAUUUGUAGUGGGCUAAGAAAUUGAUUUGCAAUAAAAAUAUUAAAAUUGGGGUUCCUAUUACAUGACGAUUUAUUAUAUUCAAGUUGGUUUCAAAGGAAAGUCUUCUGAUAGGAGAGGCCAAAAAGGAACGGAACUUGAAAAUACACGUCAAUGGAAUGUACAACGUAAUACCAGCGCCAUAAAUAAUAAUUUCUUUUGUGUACCACAUAAAUUCUUCUUUGACGGAUAUAAUAUUAUAUUUAAUGUAGUUUAAGAUAGAGAAUGUACCGUGUACUAACGUAGGAUAGGCUCGUAACCAAAUGUGUGUCGUUUUGUACCUUCUCUUUCACAAGCAAGUGUUUUGUGAGUGCGUCUCUGUCAUAUAAUAAUAUUAAAUUUUGUAAAAACUACCGCGCGAUAGAAAAGUGGAGUCAGCAACAAUAUGCCUUAUAACAAACCUUAUUGCGCUGUACGGUGAUGUUUAGCCUUGGUCUUUAGUAAACUACACAAAUAGGUAUUCAGUAGUAUCUUCACGAAUUCAUAUAAAAUAUAAUUCAGUAAUUAUAUGCCUCUAUAAGCUAAAAUAUGUUUUUUUUUUCGUUCUGUUAAUGUGGUAGUGGCAAAACAUACUUUAACUUAAAGUUGGCUUUCACUACGAGUUUUAAGGUUAGAUAUGGUUCUAUAUUAAACACACUUGGAACUCCAUCGCGCAUAGUCACUAGUUGUUGUUACAUAUGAUUACAAUUUAGUUGUGAAAAUGGCGUGUUACACUUGCUUGUUGCUCGUAGUGUGCAGCUCCAGCUCGCACGAACCAAAGACCCGAUCUAUAAGACUGCUGUGUACUUACUCUUAUAUCCUUCUAGUUUAGCUGUUGUGAUGAUUGAGGCGUCGCGUCACGUAUAUACGAGAGUUUACCCAAAAUACUAUUUUUCGAAAUUUUAUCCAAAGUUCCAUUGGUCUUAUUAGGUAUUUUGUAUUGGUGUAUACGCUGCUAAAGACUAGCUCCAGGCAGGGCUCCAGCCUAUUUAGCGCCUGUGUGUCAACGUCGCCAAAAUGUUUGCGAUCGGCAUUUUAGGGCACUGAUGGGUCACACUCUAAUUACGCCAUUUUAUGAACUCAUUUUGAACAUGUAUUCCCUCAUGUGCUCCGUAGCGACGAGAUGACGCGACGCUCCCGCCAUGUCGAUGUCGUAUAAUGUAGAAUUUAAGUUGAGACUGAUUUUCAUUUCCCUUUAUUUUCCUGUUACUUACAUUCAUAAAUAACUAAUUUAAGUUGUAACGAGUACAAAUAAUUUAGUGAUUAGUCGUUUUACUUUGCUUAAUAUUUUAUUGUUAUUUUGAGUACAAUUCGACUUUAGUCUGAUUUAUAUUUUAGUUGUAAUGAACUCCCGCGCCGGCCGCUUGAAGCUACAUUUUGUAUGUUGUAUCUGGAACACGCGUUAUAAACCGCACGUGUAGUAAAUCUAUUUAUAAAUUGUGUCUCGUUAAUGAUGUAAAGCAGAGCUCCAAUUUACGGACACACCGAAUUUACGCGUCUUGCGCGCACGAAAAAUUUUUACUUUGGUAUAUCGACUUAGGAGUCAUUAUCAUAGAACAGAUGUUACAUCGUAAUAAGGAAACGGCCGGCGUUAGUCUGUAGUCGAUGUGCUUUUUAUAUGAAUUAUUAUUAUGUACUAUUAGAUGUUGUGAAUCGCGGGCCUCCGCGCCGCGUGACACCGCGCGGCGCGGCGUCCAGCGACCUAUGUGCCAUAGCGUGAACUGUCACAAUCUAUUUAUCGUAUUGUAAACACUAAUAAAUGUAAUUAAUUAAUAAA